AUGGCCGCCUACUUCUUUGCUUCGCCCGUGGACGUCGACAUCAAGCUCGAGGGCGAGGAUGACCGGAAAAAGAUCGAGAUCAAGGCAGAGAAGGAGAAGAUGAUCUCUUGCCCCGUUUACUACGACGGCGAGUCCGUCUCGGGCGAGGUAUCAGUGCGCGUGCGAGACGGGAAGAAGCUCGCGCAUGAGGGCAUCAAGGUCGAGUUCAUCGGCAGUAUUGAGCUCUUCUAUGACCGGGGCCACCAUCAUGAGUUCUUGUCGCUAUCACAAGAGUUAGCGGCCCCGGGGGAGAUGCGGCAAGCGCAGACGUUCGAGUUCCUCUUCAAGAACGUGGAGAAACAGUUCGAGAGCUACCAGGGCAUCAACGUUAAGCUUAGGUACUUCAUCAAGGUGUCGAUUGCGCGAAGAAUAGCGGACGUGACGAAGGAGAAGGACCUCUGGGUACACUCGUACCGUAUGCCGCCAGACAGUAACAACUCAAUCAAGAUGGAGGUCGGCAUUGAGGACUGUCUGCACAUAGAGUUCGAGUACAACAAGUCCAAAUACCACUUGAAGGACGUCAUCGUCGGCAAGAUCUACUUCCUCCUGGUACGCAUCAAGAUCAAGCAUAUGGAGCUUUCUAUCAUUAGGAGGGAGACUACGGGGUCACCACCGAAUCAGUACAACGAGAGCGAGACCAUUACCAAGUUCGAGAUUAUGGACGGUGCGCCUAUUCGAGGCGAGACCAUCCCUAUCCGCCUGUUCCUUGGUGGCUUCGACCUCACACCAACGUUCCGCGACGUGAACAAGAAGUUCAGUACACGAUAUUACCUCAACCUCGUCCUCAUCGACGAGGAGAACCGGCGGUACUUCAAGCAGCAGGGUUGCUUUGAACCACUCAGGAGAUUACGAUUUUCCGGAUACCGGAAGUAA